GUUACAACUUACAAGUCACACUUCCCGGCUAGUUUCAAAUUUCGUCGGCUUUUGAAAUUUUCCGCAGAGGUUGAAUCGUAAUCGGAAAGUGAAGCAGAGAUGGAGUCUCGCAUGACUGAUGUUGAGGAUCACGUCGAGGAACAGAGGAUGAUGCCGAGUAUCAAAAGCAGUCUCUACCAGAAAGCUCUCGCUCAUGGAUCGUCUGAGAAGAAGAGACUUGAAGAUGAGAUGACGAAGACGAAAGAUGUUGAGGAUCCAGUGGCAAAGGUCUCCGCUGAGGAACAGAUGAAGCAGAUUACCAUGGAGAAAGAUCUCGCUCAUGAUUUUGAGGAUGGCAAUCUCAAGCUAGUUGGUGAUGACGAUGAGGGAGAGGCUCUCAAGCUUUUGUUUGAAGAUGAGGAGGACAAAAAAGCUAAAGAAUUGGCCAAACUUUUCUUCUACUUAUCGACGGCGGAGGAGGAGUGGACCGGCGGAGUAGGAGGAGAUCCUUUUGGCGCUAACUGCUGGUUCGAUUGAGAGACGGAGAAGGAGAAGAUCUUAUAAGAAAAACACGGUGGAGGAUAUACUAGAUUUUACGUAUACUAGAUUUUGACCCACCCUUAAAAGGGCGGGUAUACUUUUGGUUGAAAUUUAAUUUUUGAUAUUUGUUUUU